AGUGCAAUGUUGUGGUUUAAUGGGUCAAGCUUCAGUGCCUUCGAGAAAUGCAAGUCGUAGUGUUCCGCCUCUAUUCCUCUACUCCUUUAUAGUGGCUCUCUAUUCUCUCUAUUCCAUCAUCAGUCUAGGCUGAAGAAGUGAUAACGUUUACUAGAGAAUUUGACCAUCACAUUAUAAUUAUUUGCAUCCAACAUUAUCUGAACAAGACACGAGAUGAAGUCACUAUUUGUUCUAACAUCACUGUUGCUACUCGCAUCACUCUCAGAUGCUCUGAUAUGCACCUGUUCUGAUUGUGGGGUGGGAGACGAGUGUAGUGGAGAUAAUUGCUACUUUCGUGUUUCCAAGGCAAGUACUGAACCGGACGCAGAAAUUGAACAUGUGAGAGGCUGUGUAUCAUCCGGAUCCAAUAGUCAGUGCAAUACUUCAUCAACUCUCAACACCAUGCUCUGCUGUAACCAUAGUGACUACUGCAACGAAAACCUCACAGCAGAACUUGGACAGACACAAGGCACUCCAUCACUCCCCACUAGCCAGCCCGAUUCCGAGUUCACCAUAGCUCCCAUUCUGAUUCCAGGAAUUCCUGACACUACUACCGCGUCGGAUUCCAGUUCCCCCAGUUCCGCCCCCAACCUGAUCACAUCCUUCCCUUCAAUUACGCCCAAUCCGAGCUGCUUCAGGUCCAACUCUGCCCUGAGUGAUGUCAUUGAAGUUUGCUCGCUGACAUCCACCUGUUACUCCUCUCUACGCCGAAUGAUGAACGGAGACAUAGUGUCUAGGAGGGGGUGCUCUGUGGGACUUUGUGUAGAGGAGACCAGGAACAGGAAGGUGAAGAGGUGCUGUGACAGUCACAUGUGCAACAUUGAGCUGUCCAUUGAUGAGUUCUUCCCUGAUCAGGUCACCGCUGAUCAAGUCAACACAACACUCACACCAGACUCCACCACCACCACUGAGGCUGUAUCCGACCGCCCCCACAUCUCACCUCCCAUCCUCACACCCAUCUCUAGCACUACCGAGGCUGUUGACAUGGUAACGUCCGAAUCAGACAACCUGAUCUACUGCCAUUGCGAUGGCUCCGACUGUGUCGAUGAUAUCCUCUGUAAGUCCAGCCACGCCUGUGCCACUGAGUUCACUGUGGACGACGGGAUCAUUUUGUACGAGAAGAGAUUGUGUGUGGACAAUCAGAGCAAAUGCGGAAUAACAGAACCUAACAAGUAUACAAGUUGUUGUACCUCUCGAUUCUGCAAUAUGAAUCCGAGAUACGAAGAAAUACCAUCUGAGCUUUUUGCUCGAUCCCAUCCUCCUACAAUCACCGAUGAAUUGACCACGCCCCCUCUGACUACACCUAUGACACAUCCUGCUGCUGCUGCUGACGAUCUCCUGUUUCUAGUGUUGACUGUUGUACUCUCAAUAUUAGCCAUGUUACUCCUGACAUUUGUUGUUGCAGCACUCGUCACUUGCUAUGUACGACAUCGUCGGAGAAGAAAGACAUUGCAACUGUCUAAGAAGCACGUUAUUGCAUCCGUGAAUAACUUCUCAACUGGUUGCCAUGGUAAUGUGUAUGAUGAUACAAGCCGAGCAGCCAGUGUACAGUCUUCAGAUAUGUCAACGACCAGCAAUCAGACCACUCCCAGCAAAGAACAUUUGAUGACCUGUGUGUAGUGCAGUUUGUGUGUGUGUGUUGUGUCAAUUUCUUCAUCAAUUAUAAUUAAGUCAGGACGUACAAAGUAUAGUUUUAAGACACUCCAUCUGAAUUAUUUUUUUUUAUACCUUUACGAGUGUGCACAUACAAUCACUUCAAGUAUAUUCAUUAAUUAAAACAGUUUAUCAACUUAA